CUCUGGUCUCUAGGUAACGUCGGGGCUUUAAAACAGCCCUGCCGCAGGGCGUCCGCUGCCUGCUGGCCCCUCUCUUGCUGGACCCUUGACCCUCCGAGGCUCAAAGCCAUGACCCUGCCGUUGCUGCCUGGCAACAGUUUCAACCGCAACGCGGGAAAGGAGAAGUUCCACAAACCUCAUCAUUGGGACUUUUGCAAUAAUGUCAGGAUGCUGUUGAGUGAAGAUAAACCGGGCAUAGGUGGAGAACGGCUCUUUGUGCAAAAGACGAAACCGAAGUACAGUGUCUUUCCUAAAGGAGAUGGAAGUGCUGCACCGUCCUGGGUAGCUUUUGAUAAACAGGUAUUAUGUUUUGAUGCCUAUAUAGAAGACGAAAUACCUGAUAAAUCUCAAGAAGACUAUAGAAUAAGAAGUUAUAAAAUUUUCUUCUUCCUUGAAGAUGACACAAUUCAAGUGACUGAACCACCACUGAAAAAUAGCGGGCUGCCUCAAGGGACUUGUAUCCGUCGUCAUCGGAUUCCUCUCCCACCUCCUGAUGAUGAUCAAUAUUAUAAUGUGCAUCAUUUCAAUAUUGGCAUAGACAUUGUCUUUUAUGGCCGAAAAUUCAGGAUUUAUGACUGCGAUUCAUUCACAAAAAACUUUCUGAAGAAAAUAGGAACCAAGUUAAAUGCCCCAGGGCAGCGUCCAGAAGAUCCUUACCUGAAGCUACGGAAAUCGACACUAGACUGCAUGGAGCCCUUGCGACCUUAUGAGCCCUUUGACACCCUGAGGCAGUUCCUUAACUAUGACAGGAAGGUUCUGCGUUUCUUCUGCCUUUGGGAUGACUCAGCCUCGCUGUUUGGGGACCGCAGAGAACUUGUCCUGCAUUACUUCCUUUCCGAUGAUACGAUUGAAAUCAAAGAAGUGUUGCCACACAAUUCAGGCCGAGACGCCAUGUCACUGUUCCUCCAGAGGAGAAAGCUCCCCAAGUUUGGCCCACCUGGAGUCUACGAACCAGGCCAGAUAACAGAUCGCAUUGUUCUCAACGUGUAUGGUGGCUACUCAGAGAACCGAGUGACUGGCUACCUGUUGGAUAAAUAUCAGUAUGGAAAAUUACACCAACAGUUUUACAAAGACAGUGACCUGAGCAUCGGUGCUACCAUCAAUGUGUGGGGAAGGAAAGUGCUUCUUUGUGACUGCGAUGAAUUUACAAAGCUUUAUUAUAAGACUAAAUAUGGAAUUGAGAACUUUACCUCGAUUCCGUGCAAGGCUCCAUCUCCUCCAAAAAUAGAAAGGAAAUUUCCACCUUACACUGGCUUUGGUUCUGAAGAAGAUUCUCUCCGUUCUUGCAUAGGCCUCAUACCCACACCUCAUCAGAGGGACUUCAAGAAGUUCAUGGAAAAAGACAGCUAUGGCAACAUAAGUAAUACGCUCCGUUUCUUUGCAAAACUAAUCACACACAAAUGUGCCGAUGUGGACAGGAUGUUUAUUAUUUCAUAUUUUCUCAGUGAUGACACAAUGUCAGUGUUUGAACCUAUAGAGAGGAAUUCAGGGUAUACUGGUGGGAUGUUCUUGAAAAGAAUUCGCGUUAAGAGGCCCGGACAAGAAGUCUUUAAAAGUGAACUAUCGGAAUAUAUACAAGUUGAGGAGCUGUAUGUUGGAGCCAAAGUGAACGUGAAUGGCUACAUAUUUCUUUUGCUCAAUGCUGAUGAGUACACCUUAAACUACAUGGAGAACAAUACGGACAAGUUUCCUUACAGCAACCUUCAGCUUGCCCUACAAAAACUGAAAGACGAAGAACCAAAAUCCAGAGAGAUCAAGCAGGUGUUUGCAGCUGCUGACUGCAACCAUACGAAGAGGGUGGAUUAUAAUACAUUCAGGGAUAUAGUGAUGGCUGUAACUGUUGGGAAACUCACAGACCAAGAACUUAUAACGAUUGCUCGUCACUACCGAGUACCCGAUGAGCCAUGUCCAGUCACAGAAAUCCUACUUGCAAUGGCCCAUGAACAGCUCAAGAAAAAUGUUUUUGAGAAUUUUGAAAAACUCAUUGCCAGUUGUGUAUAUGAAGAUCGAGAAAAAAAAAAUGUAAUACCCACCAAAGACAUGAGAAGGCUGUGCAAAUCCUCCAGGCUGCCUUUGACUGAUGAUCUUCUAGGAUCCCUCUUGGCCAGGUUUGAAGACAGUGAAGAACAGAUAAAUUAUGAGUCAUUUUUCUCUGCCCUAAACUGGAGAAAAAAUCCGAUGCCCGAAUUGGAACCAGUAUCUCCUGUGAAAGAGAGAUGUGAAGAUGAGUGGAUCGGGAUGCCAUCACCUAUUCCUGUGAAAUAUAUCGAUUAUUUCUCCCUUAUAAAGGAUCUGUAUGGCUUGGAGGAGGACUAACCAUGCCAGUUUUCAUUAGCUCCCUUUGAUUUCCUUCCCUGAUUUUGACAACUGUAUUUCAAUUUUCAAAUACAAUUUCAUAUUAAAAACAAAGAAGGAACAAAGUUCAUAUUAAAUUGCAAUCCAUAAA